AUGGCAGCACUGUGGGAAAACAAUGCGCAAAUGGCCCAGUUCCCACUGGAGCAGUGGUUCUAUGAGAUGCCACCAGUGACCCGUUGGUGGACAGUGGCCACCGUGGCGACCUCGGUAUUGGUGCAGUGUCAUAUAGUCACCCUAUUCCAACUAUUUUACAGCUUUCGUGCGGUCUAUGUCAAAUCACAAUACUGGCGUCUUUUAACAACAUUUCUUUAUUUCGGUCCACUCAAUCUCGACCUUAUAUUCCAUGUCUUCUUUCUUCAGCGAUACUCCCGCCUGUUGGAGGAAUCCUCCGGCCGCUCACCAGCAUACUUUGCUUGGUUGAUGUUCUACGCCAUGUCCUCGCUUUUGAUCAUCUCACCUUUCCUAUCGAUGCCAUUCCUUGGAUCUGCCCUCUCCUCUAGCCUGGUCUAUAUCUGGGCCCGUCGGAAUCCCGAAACUCGCCUCAGCUUCUUGGGUCUACUAGUAUUCACGGCUCCUUACCUUCCAUGGGUGCUUAUGGCUUUCAGUGUGAUCGUCCACCGUAUCGUACCCAAGGAUGAAAUUUGUGGUAUCGUGGUUGGCCAUGUGUGGUAUUUCUUCAAUGAUGUAUACCCACCGUUGCAUGGUGGCCACCGGCCUCUUGAUCCGCCCAUGUGGUGGCGUCGACUCUUUGAGCAGCCUGCGGACCGCCCAACCGAUGCCACUAAUGUCAACCCUGAAUUUGCAGCGGCGGCUGCACCGGAGGUUCGCUGA